AUGGCCACUGAAACAGCUGAAGCAGCUGGAACACUGCCUCCCUUGAUCCAGUCCUUGCGACUUUCGGCCCGCCUGUCGAAGUCCAAGAGGCGAAAGGGAUCAGGGGUCCAACGGAGCGUGGGCUCCAAAGUCCCCGAGGAAUCCACUGCUAGCUGGGCCUUGGUCUUAAGUGAGCAAAAGGAGCCGCAAGAGGAGCUGCAAGACGUGCUCCUCCAGGAUGUCUUCCGGCCUCGCGAUCAUGUGCUCGACUUGGGUGGUGCAGGGCUCGGCGACCACGCCGCAAUGGCCGUUGCGGCAGACUGGGUUCGGCUCCAACAGCUUGGCCUGGAGCGCUUGCAUCUGGGAGGGAACGACAUCAGCGACGCAGGACUGACUGUGCUGGCUACGGCCGUGAAGGAUGCGCCGAGUGGCAAGCUGCGGCGCCUCAACCUCCGCGGAAACAAUCUGAGCCCGGCUGCUGCAGAGGCCUUGCUGAGCAUGCUACCUUGUAUGCCGAGGCUCGAAUCCCUCGACCUCGUUGCAAACGACCUCGAUGCCGAGACGGCAUCCGUGCUGCAAGCAGCAGCUGCGGCGCGCAGGCAAACAAGUGCCGUCUGGACAACCAUUUGGCAGCAGAAAGGCUACCUCGCGGAUCGGUUGCAGAGGCCCGUUGAUGUCAAGGACAUCCCAGGUUGCGCCCCAAAGCAGGUGGACCGCGUGUUCGUCUGA